UUAACACGGAUAUUUUAGGUGUCAUAUAUUUAUCGGUAAUAAUUACAUGAUUAUAUCUUAUCACACAACAAACAUGGCACACAUAAAAUCUGAUUAAUGUUAACCUUUCUUCAAGCUCAGGAAAAUUUGAUUAAUUUAUUACCGUAGUAAUUAAUUAAUAAACUAAUGGAAGUGGGGGAAUUUGUGGUUAGGGGACCUGCCGACCUGGUUGAUAAGGUAAAGGGCAUUACUGGUAACCUUUGCGAUGUUUCGGAUCUUCCGUUUCACGUCGGUUCUCACGGUCUGAGACACGUCCUUAAACCCGUCGAGGCACGUAUCCUCGUUGGUCAACGCCGCGCUGACCCAGGUCUCCACGUUGCUCAUCUGCCACUCGAAAUCCAUCCCUCGCCGGAGAUGCUUCAGCUCCGCCACGCUCAGCCGCAGCUCCUCCAUCGCGUCGCCCAUCUGCUCCACGCAGUCCUUCAGCGCCGCCCUCUCCCGCACGCUGCCGCCCCUGACUCCGCUCAGAAACUCCGACGUUUUCUUCACCCGGACGAGGCUGACUAGGACGGCGGCCUGGGCCAGGUCCCUCGGCGUCUUCACGGCGGGGCCGCCGUAGGAUGAGAGCGUGCGGUAGCAGAUCUGCGGGUAGCUGGCGUUCAGGCAGGAUUUGCGGACCAGAUUGUUCGCUGCGAGGGAAGACGCCGGUGAUGAUGAUGAGGAUGCGAGUUGCGCCGCCGGCGGUGGAUUGGUUAUGGCGGCGGCGACUAAGGUUGAGAAGAGGAGGAGAGGUUGUAGGAGGAGGACACAAAAUCGCAAACCCAUUCGAUCUGUUUUCAAAUGAAUCCGAUUAUUUCGGCAGUCCGUAACAGAGAGAGGUGAGUAUAUGUAUGGACUGUGGAGAGUGGAGUGCUAAUCUGAAGAAUAUGGCGGAGUGUGAGGGAGCAGGCCAUUAAAACUUGGCGAAUA